GGCAGCAAUCGAUAACGAUAACCAGCGGCCAGCAACCUGGACAAUCAGAACAGCUGUGGCGCUUAAAACACAUUUUUCUAUUAGAAUUUACAGGCGCAAGGCGCGUUGCUAAAGUAACAGGAACAGUACGAACACCAUGACCAGGAACAGCAUCGAACUGGGCGAUGUGACGCCCCACAACAUCAAGCAGCUUAAGAAGCUCAACACCGUGGUGUUUCCGGUCUCCUACAACGACAAGUUCUACGUGGACGUCCUGGAGGCCGGCGAACUGGCCAAAUUGGCCUACUACAACGACAUUGUCGUGGGCGCCGUCUGCUGUCGCAUCGACACCACCGAGAACCAGCGGCGUCUGUACAUCAUGACCCUGGGAUGCCUGUCCCCGUACCGCCGUUUGGGCAUCGGCACCGUCAUGUUCGAGCACAUUAUGAACUUUGCCGAGAAGGACGGAAACUUUGACAGCAUUUUUCUGCAUGUUCAAAUCAACAACGACGGAGCCAUCGAGUUCUACAAGAAGUUUGGCUUCGAGAUCGUGGACACCAAGGAGCAAUACUAUAAGCGCAUCGAGCCGGCGGACGCCCAUGUCCUGCAGAAGGCGCUGCGACGCACUGCACCCAACUCCAACAGCUCCGCCAACAAUACCACCGCCAACUCGAAUUCCCGUAGUAAAGCACGCCAGUUCACGUUUGUGUAAAGAUGAGUUUCAAUGUGUAUAACAACCAGACAUGUAGAGGCGGCCAAAACGAUGUAUUCAAUUAGUCCGAUCAUAUCUAUGUGUAAUCAAUAAUUAUAACCCCUGCGCGGGAAUAAAUAGCUCUGUACGGCUCUGGCCAGUCCAAA